GCGCAGUGACAUCACCGCUCACGCGGAGAGCUUUGCCUCUCUGUGCCCCCAGUCUCAAAAACAGACUCCAGCUGCAGGCAUUGGCUGUCACAAGAAGCACGCCAGUCCUCCUCUGAAUGCAUGGAAGCGAGCUAAGCAGUCGACAAGAGCAGUCGAAGAGUAUCUUUUCUCUAAAAAGAAGAAUGGAUACAUUGGCAGCCCUCGUAUGAAAUUUCCUAAAGGGGUUCUUCUUCGUAACUCCUCACCAGCGGGGUUAAUUUCCUUGAUGUGAUUGCGCAGGAUUUUGAGAAUGCUUCCAAGCCCAGUCACUUCUACACCUUUCUCUGUCAAAGACAUACUAAACCUGGAGCAACAGUCUCAGCAGCACCAAGCCCUGCACCUAGAACACCCCCAUGCGCACUUGCACCAGGAGGUUCAGCCGCCGCCGCACUUCCAGUCGCCGUCCUGCAUGCUGGCUGCCGGGGAGAGCCCCAGCUUCUCGGACGGCGAGGAGAAAAUGUCCUUCCUGAACUCGCUGUCGGUACGGGACAGCCACGGGGAGGCCAGCAUCUCUCCGGAGCUGUACGUUCAGGCGGCGCUAGGACACUCGGCGGACACCAAACUGGAGGGCGACCUGGAGGAGCAGGAGACCAAAAGCUGCAGUAUCACAAAGUCUCAGGAAUGCGACGACAGCCGACACUCGGACUCGGAGCGGCCGCAGAAGCAGAGGACGAGGCGGAAACCGCGAGUUCUCUUCUCGCAGGCCCAGGUGUUCGAGCUGGAGAGGCGGUUCAAACAGCAGAGAUACCUCUCGGCGCCGGAGAGGGAACACUUAGCCAGCACUCUGAAACUCACCUCCACGCAGGUCAAAAUCUGGUUCCAGAACCGGCGGUAUAAAUGUAAACGGCAGCGCCAGGACAAAUCGCUGGAAAUGGCAGGUCACCACCACCCGCCGCCGCCCAGACGUGUGGCGGUGCCCGUGCUGGUCCGGGAUGGCAAGCCCUGUUUAGGAGGAUCGCAGAACUACAACGCGCCGUACACGGUGGGGGCGAACCCUUACACUUAUAACGGCUACCCUGCUUAUACCUACAGCAAUCCUGCGUAUAACUCCAGUUACAGCUGUACAUAUUCCAGCAUCCCUGCUCUCCCUCCUACCACGACUGCCAACGCGUUUAUGAACAUGAACCUCGGUAAUAUUGCCAGCCUCAGCAGUUCAUCCCAGCCUCAGACGCACCAGGGAACCGCGGUCUCGCCGUGCCAAGGAACACUGCAGGGCAUCCGAGCUUGGUAGCGAAACCCUGCAGCAGGACGUCAGAGCCAUUACGCGUUUUGCUGGUGUCGUUGUUCACUUGUGAUGGAAAUAACACAUUUACCAAGAAAAACAAAACUUCGUUGUCGAAGUGGGGAUCUAAAUAAAAAAAAAAUGACAGUAGUGUUACAGUACUGCAGUUAUCUCCGAGACAGCAAGGAAUGUUCACGUUUUCCUAUAUCUUAACACUAGAACGCUGCCCAAUGUACAAUUCCCAUAAUGUAUUACUUUUUAGCCAUUAAAAUGAACUAUUUUUUUGUUAUUCUCGAGUAAAGUUACCACUGGAGCCUAAACGAUUCCUGUACGAAAACAGUAUUAACUGCACUACUUAUAUGCUUUGGUAGCCAAGUUGAACUCACGUCGGAUUUCUGUAAACUGAACAAGACCCUCGCGACCCCUGCGAUGAGAGGUCAUUAAAACACGAGAAACCAGUGUGCCGAAAAACGGAUUACGUCCCAGGAAAUUCAGAUACCUCUUCGUUUUCCGGAGAAAUCCCAGAUGUUUGUUUCCACUGGACGCAAAAUUAUCCUUUCUGAGGACUUAAGGCCACUUGUCACGAACACUCGUUUUCAAAACUAUGUUUUUGAUAUAUUUGGCAUGAGAAAAUAUAACCCUUAAAAGAUGUCUGCUCUCACCGAUAUUUAACAGGUUGUUAUUCCUCCCAAUAACUAUGGUAUGGAGUGUACCACUGAACUGUGAGUUUGCUAGUUUGUGGUUCCUUAACGCAUAAUCUCAACGAAAAUUUCUAAAUCCAAUAUGAAGACCAAUUGUAUUGGAUCUGUACAUAGCAUGUUCGAAUGUAUUUGCUCAUGGUAAGAAGGAACUCCCAAGUUUGUAUAAAACGCCCUGCUUUUAAAAGAAUGGAAUCUAAUAAAUUUUUGAGGUGCAAUGUUUUACUUAUGUGAAGCUGCCAUAUCUUUAUUAAAGUAUGUUUUUGAUGAA